CACUGCCGCACCUGCGCAGCCAUCUUGUACUUUGAGCGAAGAGCGGACACAGAAAGAAAGAAAAGAAGAAAAUAAACCUGUCAAAUCAGACGAAAAUAGGAAUGUCUGUAAACGUUAUAUAGCCUCGUAACGAUUAGACAGCCAAGAAGGACAAGGGGAGUUAGAAAAUACGGUGAAAGACAUCCAAGUGCCUUGGAUAUUGAGACCGACAAUCCAUAUUUGCCUGUGAAAGCGGAGUGAGAGAGAGGAGGAAGGAACAGUGAAAUCGCCGAUAGAAACAUAUCCCGAACGUCAGUCAAAUCAUGAAUCCAGAAUAUGACUACCUGUUCAAGCUCCUCCUUAUUGGUGACUCCGGUGUGGGAAAGUCCUGUCUUCUGCUCCGGUUUGCUGAUGACACCUACACGGAGAGCUACAUCAGCACCAUCGGCGUAGACUUCAAGAUCCGCACCAUCGAGCUGGACGGCAAGACCAUCAAACUGCAGAUUUGGGACACUGCUGGUCAGGAGAGGUUCCGCACCAUCACCUCCAGUUACUACAGGGGCGCCCACGGCAUCAUCGUGGUCUAUGAUGUCACAGAUCAGGAGUCCUACAACAACGUGAAGCAGUGGCUGCAGGAGAUCGACCGCUACGCGAGCGAGAACGUCAACAAGCUGUUGGUGGGGAACAAGUGUGACCUCACCACCAAGAAAGUGGUGGACUACACAACAGCCAAGGAGUUUGCCGACUCCCUGGCCAUCCCAUUCCUGGAGACCAGUGCCAAGAAUGCCACCAACGUGGAGCAGGCCUUCAUGACCAUGGCUGCUGAGAUUAAGAAGAGGAUGGGACCCGGGGCCACGGUCGGCGGGGACAAGCCCAACCUGAAGAUAGACAGCACCCCGGUUAGGCAGUCUGGUGGGGGAUGCUGUUAAACCGGACCCGGUUCUGGAUGCUCAUCACCUCCUCCCGUCCCUCUCUGCCCGGGGCUUCACCUCCUCCACCUCUCCCUCCACUCUUCACCCCUCAGCCUCCCUUCCAUCUCCCUUUGUCUAACCCUACAUAGAACCAAUGGGAACUGGGUUAAGUGAGGGAUGGGUGGUCAGGGUGAGGUUGAGAGAAAGGGAUGGAGGGGAGGAGUUGAAGGGCUAGAACUGCGGACUGACUUAAACUAUCUCCCCUAAAAAAGCGAAUGGGGAAAAAUAGUUAGGUAGGGGUGAGGGGGGGUUUGAGGAUUAUUCUUUUUUUUUUCAUUUUUGUUGAGUGAUGAGGCAGGAAGGUAAACAGAUAUGAGAAAAGAUUGGUAUUGAUUUAGAGGGGAACUGGGUGAUAGAAGAUUAGGUUUUAGAUUCUGGCGAGCGCUUAUCGCUCACACACACACACACACACACACAUAUUGCAAGUGGGUCGGAGUGAUUCUCCCAAUCGAGAUAGUCACAGGUAUGGGUCUCUUUCCUUCAGGCCAUGUCUUUCAUUGCAACCCAGUGGAAGUCAUAUAGCAAAAUUAAGUUUAGUGUGCUACAGUAGUCAUCUGUCUAUGGGGCCUAUUUUAUAUGUUGGGGGACCUUGUAGUCAUCUUAAGUCUGUCUACAGCAUAGAUUGAGUCACGGGCACCGUCUGGUCCACGUUUUAUGGCUCAAAUGCAAUAGUAACACUCAUGUUUUCAUGACUAUCCAUCCGUUAUACAAACUGAAUUGGCAUUGGAGCAGAAAGCAGACAGUUGUGUGCCCACUACCAGCGUACUAACAUUCUAGUGAGGCGGUGGUGAGUCAUCGAUGUUAUUAAAUGAUGGGGAUGCCCAUUUGUCGUGGCACCUCUAAUCGUUCUCUUUUUCUGCCUCUGAAUGAAGGCAUCAGCAGGCGGGGGGGAGAGACUCAUACACUGCAGUCUGUGUGAAGAGGGUAUUCUGGGGGUGGUGGGACUUCUCGUAGACUGCAUGCUUUAGGUUGAUUUGACACUCCAUGCAGAUCAUGAGAGCUUUUGGUCAAACUUGGAAUCACUCCAUUCCCUCUCCCUCCAUCCCUCCACAUGCAGAAUGGAGGAUGUAGUGAGAGAAAGGGAGAGUGCAAGACAUUUCUUUUCGGUUCUGUAGUAUAUGGUGUUAGUUAGCCACAUCACUCCUGUUAGGAUUUCACAUAUUGAAGAAUAAGAAUUUAAAAAAAUAACACAUAAAUAUGUGAGAUACGCUUAGGUCAUGUUUGUAUGUCUUUAAGUCGUCAUGACACUAUAUAUUACAUUAUAAAUCAGCCCUGAAUGCUGAUUUGCUGACAGCUGUGGAGAAUCAGACCGUCUGCCACGGGUGUGAAAAAACAUUUCUUUUUACUGCUCUAAUUACGUUGGUAUCCAGUUUUUUAAUAGGAAUGAGGCACCUCUGGGGUUUGUGACAUGGCCAAUAUACCACGGCUAAGGGCUGUGUCCAGGGACUCUGCGUUGCGUCUUGCCUAAGAACAGCCCUCGCCGUGGUAUAUUGGCCAUAUACCACAACCCCUCGGGCCUUAUUGCUUAAAUAUACCCAAGUGGUUCUUCAACAUACACAGAUAACGGGGCAUGACAUACUGUAGUACUAGGUUAGGGGCUGGCGUAGACAGGGGCUUGGGCAAUGCAACUGAUAUUCAA